AUGGAAAAUCUUCACUCCAAGGAUAUAUUUCAAGAAAAAGGAAACCUGCCCCAACAAAUGUACCCUUUGGAUUCCUCAGCAACUGCAUUCUACAACCAUCAACCCCAGCAGAAUAUGCCCACAACCCAGGAAUUCAAUUAUCUUCGAUUGAUGGAUUUGGUGAAAGUCUUCCUCAGUUCCCAGCAUUCAGUGGCCAUGAUUUGCAAAGCAUUAUUCAGAUGGGUUUCGGCAAGGAUCCUGUUAAAGAGACUGCAUUUCAUUCAGAUAACUUUCAUGUUCCAAAUCAAUCAUCCCACAUGA